AUGGCAUCUCGAUUGAUGACUCCACAACCGGAGGAGUCUGAGGGCUUGGAGGCCUCGCCGUUUGCCUCGGCCUUCAAUGCAUCUCGGGACCGGGCUGAAGUUUGGGGCCGAAGUUUGUUAUGUCCUGCGUUGCCUCUCCUUUGCCUCUUCGAGGACACUGCUGACACACCCGACCACGGUCAGGCCUUGCCGGCGUUGCUGGGCAAGGCCAUGGACAGACGAGUGCACUCGGGUUCAGAGGUGUAG